AUGGAAAUCAGGCUACUGACAUUGUUCACUGACCCGGUGGUGCCGCGAAAUCACCCAAGUCUAUCGUAUAGUGACUCGGGAACCGAGCCCAAGAUCCGGCAGGACCUGUGCAAGGUUCGUGUUUUUCAGGAAUCCAAUCCACACCGAACCUUCGUCAAUGCGCAGGUAUGCUAUUUAGCUAGCUCUCGUGUUAGACCAACCAAGGUCAGAACGAAUGAAACUGGAAAUGUCCACUCGAGCAAGAGCUAUUUGAAAGCAUCUAACACGGGCAUCCUGCAUCCUAAUCAAAACGCUGGAAGGAAAGUGGACUUACAUGUGCUCAAUGUCUCAGAGAUUUCGCUUAGUUGCCAACGAACACAGGAGACGAAGGUCGGCGAGAGACGUCGCAAGGGCGCUGCGCUGUCUCCGAGUGUUCUACAUGGUAGCGAUAUCGAUCCAUGA